AUCAGUGUUUUUUAUUUCAGCUACAGAUCAUUCUGGUUAUGUAGAGGGAGAUUUAAUAGCAUAACUGUGAAAUGCACAAAGAAAUCAAGCCCCAGUACUCCCAAAAAGAAGCCUGCUAACAAAACACUUUUGCCUAUGAAAUCCAAAAAGAAUCCCCUUGAAAGCAGGAUGGGUGGAACGAAGGAUGGCCGUUCUUCGUUAUUUGUGAACAUCAAUGAUGAAGCAGCAGUGGCAGAGUUUGAGGCAAUGGAUCUUGGUAUGGAGCCAGUAAAUGGCAUUGUUCAGCCACCAGUUAUACCACCAGAAGGGAAGCCGCACAGGAAUACAAAUUCUUUGCAAUUUGUACUUAAAACAGUUUUGAAGGCUAUAUUAAAACAUCAGUAUGUGUGGCCAUUUCAAUCACCAGUUGAUGCUGUGAAAUUGGAACUUCCAGAUUACCAUAGCAUUAUUAAAUAUCCAAUGGAUUUGACUACCAUUAAAAAGAGGAUUGAAAAUUGUUUCUACUAUGAUGUUAAUGAAUGUAUUAAGGACUUCCAAGUUAUGUUUUAUAACUGUUACCGGUACAAUAAAGCUGGUGAAGAUGUUGUUUUUAUGGCUCAGACUAUCGAAAAGCUGUUUGUUGAAAAGAUGCAAGAUUUGCCCAAAGAGGAAAUUGAAAUUCCAAUGCCUGCAAUUAGAACACCUGGUGGGAAAGGGAAAGGGAAAAAAGGAAAGGGCGCUGGACGGCCAAAAGCUGCAGUUGGGGCUGUGAACACUCCACUUAAUUCAAAGUUGACAUCACCUGUUCCUGCUGGAGCAAAAAAUUGUGUUUCUCCUGUCUCAAGUUCACCUUUGACCCCAGUGCCCCCUUCCACGCGGACAACUACUCCAUUUACUAUUCCAGGAAGUACAAAUACGCCAACAACUCUGUCAGCAUCUCCAUCAGCAUCUCCCCCUACUUUAAGGCAUUCCAGUUAUUCAUCAAGUGAUACUCAUCACCAUGCUCCUCAUUCUAGGGCUGCAGCAUCUGCAGCUGAAAACCAGAAAGCACCUGCCAGAACUCCUGAUCCUGUGGUUACUACAGCUCCCACAAAGGCAAAAAAGGGAGUUAAGCGGAAAGCAGAUACAACAACACCAGCAAAUACAGUGAUAGAACCUGUAGUUCCUCCUGUUCCGCCUGAUAAAGUACCAAAAUUGUCCACACGUCGUGAAAGUGGGCGACCAAUAAAGAAACCUUCAAAAGACUUACCUGAAACUCCUGUUUCAGUCGAGCCCAACAAUGCAAAAUUAAAAAAGAAUAAGAUGACAGAACAAAUGAAGUAUUGCCACGCACUAUUAAAAGAACUAUUUGCCAAGAAGCAUGCGGGUUAUGCAUGGCCAUUUUAUAAACCAGUUGAUGUGAAACUUUUAAAUCUUCAUGAUUAUUAUGACAUAAUUAAAACUCCUAUGGAUCUGGGUACAGUGAGAGCAAAACUUGAAGACAGAGCAUAUCAUUCUCCUUCUGAAUUUGCUGCUGAUGUAAGGUUAAUAUUUACAAAUUGUUAUAAGUAUAAUCCUCCUGAUCAUGAAGUUGUUGCCAUGGCUCGUAAACUACAGGAUGUUUUUGAAAUGAGGUAUGCCAAAAUGCCCGACGAACCUUCUCCAGUGGAAACGACUCCAGCUCCACCUCCUGCUAAGGAAGAAGUUCGUGAACGAUCAAGCUCUGAAUCCUCAGACAGCAGUUCUAGUGAUUCUGAAGAGGAGAAAAGAGCCAGACAAUUAAAGUUGCAACAACUUCAAGAAGAACUGAAGAAAGUAACUGAAGAAAUACACAAUCUUGCAAAACAGAGUAGCCAUAGAGAUAAGAAGAAGAAGAAAAGGAAGAAGAAAAAAAUAAAGGAAGAUUCAUCUGAUCCAGUAAAAGUUAAAGAAGAAAUAGAUGUACAAAGUAUUGUACCAUCUACUCUUCCACCUCCUCCUCCUCCUACUGCUGCUGCUAUAUCACCAGUUUAUACACCUCCAGCUCCAUUGCCUCUAGAGAAAGCUCAAUCAAAGCCUCAAAAACAAAAUAAGGCAAAAAAUGCAUCAGCUAAAGCUGUUAGUCAGCCUAAACAGACUAAUCAGAAUAAACGACAAAGGACUAAUAGCAAACCUAGGAAAACAAAACAGCCGCCUGUUGCUGCACAACCACCUCCACCUUUGGUACCUGCUUUAGAUAGUGAAGAAGAAGACAAUAAUGCCAAACCAAUGUCUUAUGAUGAGAAAAGGCAGUUGAGUUUGGAUAUUAAUAAACUUCCAGGUGAUAAAUUAGGAAGGGUUGUACAUAUUAUACAGUUCAGAGAGCCUUCAUUACGAGAUUCUAAUCCUGAUGAAAUAGAAAUUGAUUUUGAAACAUUAAAACCAUCAACCUUGCGUGAAUUAGAAACUUAUGUGGCUUCUUGUUUGAGGAAGAAACCACGCAAGCCUUAUGGAAGGAAUAAAGGAAGUGCUAAAAACAAGGAGUUGGAUGCCAAAGAAAAAAAGCAAGAACUUGAGAAACGAUUGCAAGACUGCAGUGGGCAGCUUCAUUCCAACAGCAGCAAAAAAAGUAGUAGAAAAGAUUCAGAUAGUUCUCAUGUUGAUGUAGUUGGUGGAACUGCAACACGAUUGAGUGCCAGUAGCAGCAGUUCAAGUGAUAGUGACAGCAGUAGUAGCAGCAGCUCUAGUAGUACUUCAGACUCUAGUGAUUCUGAAAAUGAUCUGUCAAAGAAACCCAAAGUAGAGGAAAAUCAGCUGUCAAAUUUAGAACCUCCUCAUCUAAAUCCUCCUUCUGGUCCUGUUGGUGCAUCAUCUCAUGGUCCACCAUCUCUAGGAGGUCCAGUUGGGCCAUAUCCACCUCCUACAACAAUGCCUAUAGGAAAUCAUUCAGGUUAUGUUCAUCCUCCAAAUCAACUGCCUGCAUUCCCAUCACUUCAAAGCCCUCCACAGUUACAACCUACUGUUGAGCAGCCACCUGGACCAGUUUUUCCAUUGGUAAAUCAACAAGCGUCUAGUGUUCCUUCAAGACCUCCAGUUGUUGCCAGUCAUAAUCUUCCACAGCAGCCAUCAAGGCCUACGGCUACUGCAACUGCUGCACCUGUAAAGAAAAAUGUUAUUACAUCACAACCUAGGCCACAUGGUGCUGUUCCAGUGUCAACUACAAGCGUAACUACACCCGUUUGUCAGGCUCCAGUGCCAACUCAAGCUCCUCCUGUUCCUUCCGAGCCAUCACCUAAUUCCCCAAGCACACCACCUAAGUUGACUCCUGCAGCAGAACUUCGAGCCAGGACUCCACAAAUCCCUACACCUCCUUUAGACCCUGCACCACCUCCAUUGCUGUCGAAACCUCGUGAACGAAAUUCUGAAGCAGAGCAUACGUCUUCUAAUGCAUACACUUCUAACAGAGCACCUGAACUUACGGCACAGCCAGGUCUGCCUAAUUACACAGUUGGGAAUCAAGCUCCAGCUGUUACUCCUUCUGUAACUAAUGGGGAAAAGAAAAUGGAACAGAAGCCUUCUCCUAUAUCAUCUACUCCUACCACAAAAAAGCAGACAGAAUCUAAAUUGAAGAACUAUGGCUGUUGGUCCAGUCUUGGCCAAGCAGCAUCCAGUAGUCCAAGCACUAGUAACACUGCAGCUUCUUUUAAGAACAGUGCAAUGGAUAGUUUUCAACAGUUCAAGAAACAAGCUAAAGAGAAAUUGGACAAACAAAGGCAGCUGUAUGAACAGCAAGAAUUAAGAAGGCAUCAAAAAGAGCAGGCAGAAAAAGAACGGCUGCGAUUGGAAAGAGAGAGAUUGAGGGAACGAGAAGAAGAAGAGGCUUUAGAAAAAGCAAGGAAAACACAACAGCAGCAGCAGCAGCAACAACAACUACAGAAAGAAGCAGUUGUGUCAGCUAGAAGAGAGGAGAGCCAGCCUUUAACUCCAGUUGUUGUGAAGGCAGAAUCUCCAAUUCCAGUACCUUCACCAGCUCUUAGUGAAAGGGAAGAACUCAGGAGGUUAGAACAAGAAAAAAGGAGGAGAGAAGCUGUAAGCAGUUAGAUUUCUAUUUAUUCAACUGAAC